AUGGACAAGCGAGAAGGCCUUCGUGACGCUCCUCGAAGAGUACUGGACGCUGCGGCCAAGGAACGAAGACAACGCAAAGCCUUGGAGCUUUUAGAGCAAGAUAAUCACAUUGAGGAACCACAUUCGGAUGUAAAAUCCACUAAGAAGCCACAUUUUGAUGAUGAUGAUGAUAUAUUGAAGAAAAAGAAGAAACGGCGUCUGACCAGUACGCGAUCUAAAACAAGAAAAACACUGGAGAUUCUUCUCGAUGAAGAGUAUCAAUUGACCAAAGGUGGCACAACCGGACCCUGUUAUUUCACUGCUGCAGUCCCAUCUAGCCGGCUUCCAUUUCGCAAAUUUUGCAAUGUGUGCGGUUUUAAAGGUUUAUACAAUUGUGUAAUCUGUAGCAUUCCGUACUGCAGUCGUAAAUGUUACGAGAUACAUUCGGAUACCCGAUGUAUGAAGUGGGUGGCCUAA